AGCGUAUUCUGAUUUGACGACUCUGUUCAUUUGAUUUUUGAUAACUGUAUGUGGAAGAUCGUGAAUUGUCAACAAACUACUUAACUAUUGGUGUAAAUAGAUUAAUAAAUUACAGUGAAUUAAGUUACAAAGUAGAUAAAUAUAAAGAAAAAAAUGUUGUCAUGUGUGAAAUAUCUCAACUAUAUAGGACGUUAUAGAAUUCUGGUGAUUUUUUUAACUUUGUGGCUUCUAGUACUAGUGAUGUCUGCAUUUCCCGUUUUAAAUUCAAAUAUAACUUACUCCGAUAGUAAAGUAGCCGAAAGGUUGACGAGGGCAUUAAGUGACUUGGAUGUAUUGAGGAAACAAAAUGAAGAAAUACAAGAAAUAUUCCGGGAUAUAAGUAUUAACAAUUUAAAUGAUGAACAAAAAGAAGCUAUAGAAAAUUUUCAAAUGAGAUUGACUAAGGCCGAACGUCCUUUUGAUAAACGUAAAUUGGACAAUAUUAACCCAAAGGAAGAACCUAAUUCUCAGUAUGAAUUGCUUAGAAGGAGAAUCUUUUCUAAUACUAAAGAAUUAUUUUAUUUUUUGAACGCGGGUCUCCAAGACCUUCAAAAGAAAGCUGGAGAUGUAGCUCCAGAAAUUUUAGAAUCUAUUAAUUAUUUAGUAAAUAUGGGAAAUGAGCAUAAAAGAUCUUUAUUGUAUGACAUUGAACAACUAGCAGAUGUUGAUGGAUAUACUACAUGGAGACAAAAAGAAUCUGCAGCAUUGAGUAACUUAGUUCAAGAAAGGUUUAUGUAUUUACAAAAUCCCCAAGAUUGUGAUACGGCAAAAAAAUUAGUGUGUAAUUUAAAUAAAGGAUGUGGAUAUGGUUGUCAGUUACAUCAUGUUGUUUAUUGUUUUAUGGUCGCCUAUGGUACAAAACGGACUCUGAUAUUAAAAUCUAAAGGUUGGAGAUACCACAAAGGAGGUUGGGAAGAGAUUUUUCAACCGGUUAGCAACACAUGUACAGAUCCAAGCGGUCAAACUACGGCUGGCUGGCCUGGAAAUUCGGAGACUCAAGUAAUCAAUUUACCCAUAAUCGAUUCUUUAGCACCUAGACCACCUUUUCUACCUCUAGCUAUUCCAGAAGAUUUAGCACCUAGGUUGAUACGUUUACAUGGUGAUCCAAUAGUAUGGUGGGUGGGCCAGAUUUUAAAAUAUCUUCUAAGACCACAAGAAAAAACAGCGAAAAUGCUACAAGAUACAAUGGCUAAAAUGGGUUUCAAGAGACCUAUUGUAGGAGUUCAUAUCCGUCGUACUGAUAAAGUUGGUACCGAAGCUGCUUUUCAUGGUAUAGAAGAAUAUAUGUCCCACGUGGAUGAAUAUUAUAAUAAUUUGGAGUUGAAACAGAACGUCGACAAAAGACGAAUAUAUCUAGCUUCAGAUGAUCCUAAGGUAUUCCCGGAGGCCAAAAAAUUGUAUCCAAAAUAUGAAAUAAUCGGUGAUCCUUCAAUAGCCAAAACAGCUGCCGUAUCAACCAGAUAUUCAGAUUCCUCACUGUUCGGUAUUAUAAAUGACAUACAUAUGUUAUCUAUGAGUGAUUAUUUGGUAUGUACUUUUUCAUCUCAAGUUUGCAGGGUAGCAUAUGAAAUAAUGCAAAACUAUUAUCCAGACGCAACAAAUAAAUAUCGUUCUUUAGAUGAUAUAUAUUAUUAUGGUGGUCAGAAUGCGCACAAUGUCGUCGCAUUAUGGCCACAUGAACCGAAACGAAAGGGUGAAAUGUUAGUGGCAGCAGGGGACAUUAUUGGAGUAGCUGGUAAUCAUUGGAAUGGGUUCAGUAAAGGUCGUAACCUUAGAACUAAUCAAAUAGCCUUUUAUCCCAGUUUUAAGGUUAACGAUAAAAUAGAAACUGCUAAAUUUCCUACAUAUUCUGAAUUGCACAAAGCUCAAUUGCAAUAGGAAAAAAUUAACAAUAACUGCAUCGGGUUUUGUUAACUGUGAUCUUAAUAGUCCACCAAAAAUAAAAAAGGCUGUGUUUUCACAUCAGGAAUUAAAUAGGGGCAAGUGGUAAUAACUAACCCUAAAUUAACUAAUAUUAGGUAUUAAAAAUACUGUAUAUUGUCGUUUUAUUUUACAUUACGACAGAUAAUAAUAAAAUUGUGUUAUUUAUCAUUCAGGAUCUGAUUUAAAAUUAUUUUGAAUCACAUUAUUUUACCGAAAAGUCGUUUUAUUAAUUGUUUCUAUCCUCUCUUCAUUUCAAUUGUGAAUAUUUUACAAUAUCAUUAACCCUUAAGUACUAACACAUUAAAAGACUCACUAAUACACCGUAUGAGAGACGCCUUAAGAAAAAACUGUUUUUUUUGCAUCCAAAUAAAUUUUUUGUCAAGUAAUUAACGAAUGAACAUUAAAACAAUACUAAAAAAAUUGUCUCAUGUUUUUUUUUCACAAAAUAUUUGAAAAAAUACAGAAAAGAAAACACAUGAAAUGAACAAACUAAUAAGAAAAAAGGAUAAAGUUGGGCUUGUUUGCAGCACUUUCUACACACCUUUUUUGGGCACUCUAAACAGAUUGGUCUCUGGCAAUGGAAGCAAACCUAGGCAAUUCUCCUUUUCUUUUUGUAGUGACAAAGUGAGCAGUCUUUUCUUUUUUCUAGCUUUUCAACUCGCGUUUCCAAAGGCUAGUUUACCACAUCAUCAACGCCGAAUAUUCCACAUAUACUUAGUCUCAGUUUCUUCCGUUAAAAUUCAUUUUCCAACCUCCUUUUCAUAUGAGGUUCCAUAAGAUGAAAUGCUAAUUUUUCGAUAAAUUUUGAGCGUUGUAAAUGCUCAAUAUUCCUGAAGGAUUCGUAAAGUAUAUACGCAUUCACUGUACUAAAAAAAACACUGCCAUAGGCCACCGUUGAGUUCGAUGACUACAGCUAAACUUACUACAUUUCUCAUCUAACGUGUCGACACCACCUUUGGUGCAGUUGUAAUCAGUAAUGAUGUCGGGCUUAUUGCACAAUGGGUCUAUACUGGCAUGGUGGUGGGAAGAUGAUAGUUAAAGAACAGCCUUAUUGAUUUUUGUGGUGUAUGAAAGCAGAGUAAUAUCUUUUGUAUAUCCGUAGAGGCUUGUUCCUACUUCACUUUUUCUUGUUGGUAGGAAAACUGUCGGAAUUUUCUUUCUGUUCUUUUUCAGAGUACCAAUGCAUGUUAAGACCCAUUGUCUCAUACCUUGAACCAACUCAAUCGAAGUGAACCAAUUGUCAAAAGUCACUUAUCUAUUUGUACCAUAAAGUGGACUUGAAAGUCGUAAUACGGCCUGUGUAGGUUUAUUAAAUCUCUGUUCAUCAUCUGAUAGUCCGAUUCCAUCCGAGUUCCUACCCGUAUAAAUUCAUCAUAUUGUUCUGUAGGUCUCGUAGGAAACAGGAAAGUCUCCAUAUUCCUCGUGGUACAGGCUAUGCAUUUUUUUAAUGUUUAAUUCCUCAGGCAGGUAAACUUUCUUUGAUUCUGACAAAUUAUAGUGUCCUUUUCGUCCUUUAAAUGACCGAAUAUGCUCCUUUACUGCAUUAUAUUUUUCCUCAGAUAAUUUCCUGUGUUUUGAGGAAUGCUUUUCCAUUUGGUCUUUUGGGGCCAAUUCAUACCUUUUUGAAGGAAUUCCAUUUUUUUCUUUUCUAUCUCGUAAAUUGACAUAAACGCUUUUCGGCAAACAGUUACCUCUUUUAAAAGGUUUUGGUCAUCUAAAAACCUUACUCUGUAUGAGUAACUUGCGUCACAGAAACAAGCAUCCUCCUCACAUUUGCGUGGGCGGCGUCUUUGAAUUUCUUGUACACUUAUCUGACCGCAAAUGUGAGCAUUUUGCUCAUUAACCGCACCCAAUAGAUUGGAUUCAUUAAUUAUUUUAGCUCUACUUCGUUCCGUGACAUUUUCAAAGCAAUACAUCGCUUUGUAAAUUCAGUUUUUUAUUAACCUUCUUCCAAAAUUAUUCCUCUUCUUUGUCUCCGUAUUCCUUAUACUAAUUGACUCUUUUGGCUCCUCCACAUAAUCGUCACUGUCCAUCAUUUUUAACACACGAACUAAACUUAACACUGAUUAACACACACCUAACCUCAAAGUGAAGCGCACUGACCGGGCGGUGUAUGAGGAACUGAACACGAAAUGGCGGCAGUGGCGACUCAUCACAUGACUCAUAGUGGACCCUUCUUUCCGUAUUACACUUGGACUCUUUCUUUCCCUGCACACUUAUCACUGCCAACCUCUUCCCGCCACUUUAGAAGGACGUCCUCAUAAUUUGUGUCGCCAUAUUUUACCCGUUUUGAGCCACUGGGUCCUUCAUCCAUUGUUCACAAAUAUAGGCAAAAACUACCGUUAACACUAUAAUCCCGUCUAGCAAACGGCACCGAAGCUUAGAAUUCGAAUAUCUCAAGAACGAUACAAUUUCUCAAAGUGUGCUACCAGCCUCUCAUCUGUACCGAUGUAAACUGAAAUUACAUGAUCGGUCGACGUUUAGAAGAUAUUUUAGACUCAACCUGUCAAUACCGUCUGUGAGACGGUGUGUUAGUAUUUAAGGGUUAAUGUUUUAGACAAUUUUUUAGUUUAUUUAUAUUUUUUUAACCCCAUCUAUUAUACUAUCUGUCCUUUUGAAGGAUAACAGGUAUUUGGUAUGACUGUUGAAAGAAACACGAAAAGGAUUGUUCCAACGAACAUGAUAUAAUCCGAAAUUUUUUAUUAAUUAAGACUAAAACUAAUUGUUCACCCCCUUGUUAAUUAAUGUUUAUUGUUAAUAUUUAGACCCCUCUCGCAGGUCUGUUGGUCUAUAGCGUUUUAAUCUUGUCAUCUCAGGACUCUCUUCUAUUAGUUGAAUGGCGAGCACAUUAGGAUGCACUUCUUCUUUCAAUGCAUAUCCACUAAUGGAUGUUCGCGAUAAAAUUUUCCAUCGCUGAUGAAGUUUAACUGGGUCAAACUUUUCUUGAUCAAUUCUUUUGAACGACAGGUUCUCACCACAGUUUUCAUUCAACAUUUAUCGAUCAACUAAAAUUGGUAAAUUAAACUUGACUCGUGAGAACGCGCCUUUAUUUCCCAUUUAUAGAGGAAAACCCUGUACAAUUAGAACGGAGUAGAUAUUGUGCAAUACCAAACGUUCAUAGAAUACAAAUUUAAUAGUUUUCAAUUAAAUAGUAAUAAAAUAUAAACAAAAUAUAUUUAAUUAUACCUUUUAACAUAUUUAUUAUUAUCGAUGGCGUGAUAAAUAAUUAUUUAACGUUGACAACAACUACGAAUACAAAUUACGUUGAAUGCCGUUUUUAUAUCACGUGUUCUCCAUUUCAACAAGUUAGCAAAAACAAAAUUGAUAACUUUAAAUAAUGAUAAAUAUAAAUUGUUAAUCUAUUUCAUGAAAAAAUCGAAACAUAAAUAACUUUCUGACAAAUUUGCGAAUUCAAUUUUCAGCGACUUAUCUGAACACACUGUUUACACCAACUUUCACGAUUACACUGUCUGACGCGCGUUUCGAUAACCAAGUUAUCGUCUUCAGAGACUGAAGGCUUUAUGCGAAGGAUGCGCUCCGAUCAAAUUCGUGCCAAGCGAAAUAUGCGUAUAACGAGGUCAAUGAAAUAAGCAAAAUACAUUACAAAUUAUUAUAAGCUUACAAAAAACACGGUAUAAACGGUAUAACGGAUAUAAAACACGGUUGGAAUCACUAUCCGAACUUUCCAACAUCUCUAGACCAGAAUAUAUUUUUGAAAGUGCCUCUUGGAUUACACUUUAUCAUAUUUUUAUUUUUUCUGGCGGCUCUUCUUUAUUUAUUUACGAAGUAUUUUGCAUUGCCAUUAAUUCUUUAUCGUUCAAAGGCACGCUAUCGGUUGCUACGAAUUCUUCGAGUUCCUCGACUGCAAUACUCAGACCCCUCCAUCAUAAUAGCGAUAUCGUCAACUACCUCUCUUAUAGUAUCUUGCAAACGUCUAGUUGGCGCCUCUACCACAUCAGGCCAAAGGUUUCUCCAAACUUCGAUCAAACAGCUUAGUUUUACUUAAUUCCAAGCUGCAGCAAUGUUUUGUAGAGGAUUCAUCAUGUUGUAGGACUUCCACCAAUCACGCAUAGAUUGGUGGCCUCCAUAUAUUUCUCAAAUCAGCUGGCCAAAUGUGUGGCGGUGAUAAUAAGCCUUGAAGUUGCUAUAGCCCCAUGGCUAUAAGCCAUUUUUUAGCGCUGGAAAUAGAAUGAAUCAAAGAGAAGCUUUCAUAAUGUUUGCCCAAUUCAUUCCCGUUUUUAGAAGUUUCUUUUGUUCCAGGUGUUCAUCCUCAAACCUGAAGUAUUAAUUGGCUUUCACCAUCAAUUUUACAGUGCCUUUAAAGGAGUUUUGUUUGUUAUAAGUAUCUUCUUUUUUAGCUAAUUCUCCCCCCCCCUGAACUCUUUAGAUCUUUUAGACCUAACUGAGCCCAAAUUUUUGUACUCCUCAAAAUAUUCUUCUUUUUCCUCCAAAGUUUCCCUCACAAACACCCUGCCUGGGGGAAAAAUACCCUUGGACAGGAAACGUCAAUGAAAUGAUCUCAAUGUUUCCUUAUGUUUUGGCUACUGAAUACAUUAAACCAUGCAAAAUUCGGUUUUUGUUUUGGACUGUGCAGCCGUCACGAAAGAGCCUAAUAUGGAUGAUUUGAAAGAAUUUUGAAGCAUAAAACCAACCUCUGUUGAUCCACUUGUUGUAUAGGAGUUCUAGGAAGACUAUGAACUUGCUAUAUGUCAAAGCAGAAAGUUAUUUCAUAUUAUCUUUAUUUUCGUUGGCGAGGUCAAAUUAAGCUUUAGCGCGUUUGUUAUGGAUUAUUUCUUCAGUCCAGAUUUGUUAUUAGGUAGUCCUGUUUUAAUUUUAUUAUCCAUAUUUGCACAAUAGCCGCAAAUGUCUCAUUCUGCGAAUUUAAAUUCGAUAUUAAACUCCUUAUAUCAUAUAAAAAUACAUUGCUGCCUUUUUUAUUAAAUAACACACCAUGAAUCUGUGAAAUUUUUAUGACUCGUUGUGGUCAAUUGUUUGAAAUGGGAAUUACAUAUUGUAUUAAAUAAAAAAUUAAAUUCCUCAUGUUUUGCGCUGAGAUCAGUUUCCAAAGAACUGAACUUAUCCACCUCCUUAACAGUGUAUUAUGUCCUUAUCGAGUCGCAUCUCCGAUAUGCCUUUUCCUUCUGGGGUACGUGUGGUACGAUUUGAGCGAAUCCUCAUACCACAAAAGAGAGCUGUUAGAUAUUUACUCGGACUAAGCAGGGUUCACUGCAGGGACUUCUUUAAAAGAUUAAAAAUUCUUACUUUUCCUUCCUUAUUCAUCUUUGAAUCCGUUUGCCUAAUUCGUAAGCACGCUUCUCCAAUUUCAGAAAAGUCGUUACACGUUUAGAUUGACGUAGGAGCUCAAUAUUUUACAAUGCAAAAAAAUGCACAAUCAUUUGCCAAUUGAAAUCCAAUCGGUAUAAUCUUUUCCCGCAUUUCGCAAUAAUUUGAGGACAUAUUGAGGAAAGUGCCUUUUACUCGGUAAACGGUAACAUUUCAUUCCGGGCAUGAUGCACACUGGUUUCAUUUUUGCUAUGGACCAAAGAAAACUUGCAAUGACCGGUUAGUUUUUUUUGAGGUAGGCUUAUGCCUCAGCAAUUUGUAGUACGAAACCUCUGACUCUUUACUCCAGAAUGAUGACUGAGUCAAUUUACGUUUUGGUCUUGUAAUUGUUUGUAAGAAGAACGAUAUAUGAUUUUUCCACUUCUUUCUGAACUACUUUUCGCUAAAACACCACUUCCACGAUCAAUAGUUUUUGUAUAAAAAACACUAGCUAAGCAACUUCCGCACUGAAACACAGCAGAACAUAACCUACAAACUGGUGAAGCUACAAACAGUGACCAGUGGGGCCUUCUCCUAUUGGCUCAUUGAGCAUGUGAAUUUUUGUUUGGAAAUGUUUGUAAAAUAAGUGAGGUUUUGCUUGAAACUCUUCACUUUACAUUUGAAAUGGGAUCUGUGAGUUUUUGUCUGAAAUGUUUGUGAUAUUCACCUACAGAUAUCAUAUUAGAGAUUAACUCGAUUGUGACUACAUUUGGACAUGUGAGGUUUCGCAAGUUACUUCCUCAAAUUGUUUCACUUCUUAGCUGUAUAUUUAUUGUUCGUAGUUUUUAAAUAUUAAACAUUAUCCCAUAAAUAAUAAAUUUUUAUUUUUUAACGCGAUUUUUUCAACAAGGGAUGACCGACAACUGGAAUAUUUUGUAUGUAUACAGUAAAUCUUUUCCAUUCCACAAUCUUAGGUUUUCUAGAUAACUACGAAAAUUCAUUAUUUUAAUAGUUUUAUCUCAUGUAAUCGAUAUAGUUGUGUCUAACUUUCAAAUAUAUCUUCAAUUUUAUAAUAAAACUUCUAAUUUAAUAACAAAUAUUUUAUAUGUUUAAUCAAAAACUCACGUUUUCUAGCUACGUAAUCAUUAAUAGUAGUAAAAACUACUGAUAACGCAUAACGUCAUAGUCAAAUCAUGAGUUGAUGAAAUUAAACUUGUUAUGCAAUUCAAUGUAAAGCGAAAAUAAUUUAACGCGUAAAUUACGUUCAGAUAAACGUUAUUCCGUAUGAAACAGAACAUUUAGAUGGUACGGAUUCAUUUUAUCGAAAGCCAAAGUGCAGUUGAAUAUCACGUUCUUCGUGGUAUUAACCAGGAAGUAGCUUUGUCAAGCCAACAACCAAAUCAUGAAAUUGGAAAUAAUUUUCACAUAUCUCCGUCUACUAGAGAUAUACUUGACUAAUGGUUCGCAGUUGGAAGUGAAGAUGUCUCCAGAACGCUUCUACUGAGGAAUGUUUAACUACAUGAAUCAAGUAGCAGCGCCGGCUGGCUGUGUCUUCAGUUCGGAUUAGUGACUCCGAACGAGAGCUCGUUACGUUACUCCAAAGAGACGCAACAACGUCGAAACUAGUCAGUGGUUACGAUCCUCUCCCUGUAAUUGCAAGCUAUUAGGGAUGCCAAUUUCGGCGGUUGUGGAUGACUUCACGUUCUUCGGAGGAGAUGUAAUUCAAUAUUUUUCGUGGUAUUGGCGUUUUCAUAGUGGGAUUAUAGCAAAAUUACACCAAAGUGUACUAACUCUAAUAUAUUCCGAGCUUUCGAAUACUUAUGUAUUCAUCGUCUGGGGCUUAUAUUAUGGACAAGUAAAAUAUUUAUGAAUUGAAACGCAGUCUUCGCCAGUUAGAUUAUGAGCGUUUUCUUAGAGGGAUUAGUGGCAAAAUUAAAUACCAAAGUGUGCUAACUUAAAUAUAUUAAUGAGCUAAUACUUAUGUGUUCAUGGUCUGGGAAUUAAUUAGUUAAGAAUUGAAUGAAAAACAUUAGAUUCAACAAAUUCAAAAAUAUUUAUGUCACGGGUCAAUUUGAAUAUUGAUUUUUGAAACUUAUGAAUUUAAUGUUUUAAUGAAUUCCCUGACGAUGAAUACAUAGGUAUUCGAAAUCUCAAAAAUAUAUUAGAGAUAAUACGUUUGGUGUUUAAUUUUGCCACAAUCCCACUAAGAAGACGUUUCAAAUUUUUUCAAAACACAUUAUCCCUUUCAAGAAAAAAAGUCACAAGAUCCCAGACGAGACGAGUGUGAAAAGCGUGGAGCAGCGUAACCAUGUCAUUUUUAACCAAAAACUGUUGUUUGGAGAUGGCUGUGUGUGUAGGUGCUUUGUCAUUCUGAAAGAACUAGUUUAAUUUCUGCAAAAAAUCGGGUCUUUUUUGAUUGAACAUUGUCUGGCAACUUUCUAACACUUCUAAAUAAAAGUUUUACUCGACUCCCUAACUUGGGGGAACAAAACAAACAACAAAUCACGCCCUUGACUUUAAAAAAACAAAUCAGCAUUGUUUUUAUUUUCGAUUCGAUUUGACGACUUUUUUGACGGGAUAACGUUGGCAUCGUCCAUUAACUGUUGCUUUGUUUCUGAGCCAUCACCAACAAUGAUCUUUGUCAGAAAAUCUUUUACCAAGAAUAAAAAACGAAACUGUUUUGUUUUUCAAAAUAUUCUAUCAUUUAAGUACAUUAUUGUUAUUAUUAUUAAAUCAAUUGCUAUUUGCGGGGGAUAAUAAUAAAUCUAUAUUUUUCAAUGAAGCCAUGUUUUUGGUGGAUUAUUGGGAUUAAAUACAAACGUUGAAGAUCACUCCAAUAACGCGUACUCGAAAUUCUAAAUCAAUUCUCUUCCGUUUCUGGAUUAAAAUGAUUUGUAAUAUUAAAAUAAUCAAAUAUUUUUUGGCAACCUUCGUGUUAACUACCCUUUGGAAAUGAAUUGUCUUACUGGCUUUGAAACCUGACUUUAUAGACUUGUGAAAGUAGAAGAGUUGUUUAUUAUUAAUCAAGAUCUAUUUAGCCUACUAUUUAUAUACAACUGAUCUCUAGAUAAUUCGAGUAUAGAGUGUAAAUAAACAAAAAGGCCUUCUCUAUGAAAAGUCCCUACACGAUGUAAUGUCCUAUAAAAACUGUACAAAGGAUGCCGCUUUAUAACUGGCGCAUUUUAGGAAAUGUACCCGACGUAUAUGCCCAACUUCAGAUUCUUUUCUUUAACUUUUCACUUUUUUUUCGUGAUAUUUUGUCUUGAUUUUAGAUCAGUUUUUAAAACAGGUGAAAAUAUUAACGUUUCGACCUACGUCGGUCUAAAACAAAAUUAUUUUCAUAGAAAAGAGACCUAAAAUCAAGGCAAAUCAUCACGAAUAACUUCCGAUUCUCUAAACAUAAUCCAACAUCACCUGCUUCGCGGCCUAUGUCAGAGGACGAGUUCAUAACAAUUGUCUUUAUUGUUAAGCAUUAAUUGAAGAUUACAAAGAUGAAGCCUCAUUCGGUUAAACUAAUUCUUGAAAGUAAUACAGCUGCUGGCGUUUUUAAUAUAUUUUUAUCAUGGCCUAACAACCAACCCUGGGAAAAGCCUAAGAACGUUGUAUCGAAAGAGUUUAGCUUUGAGAAAAACUUCAUCUCAAUAAUAAACUGUACAAACAAGAGGGAUCAAAACACCAUAAAAGAAAUUAAUAGACGGAACUGUAUAUGACCAACUUCAGAUUCUUUUCUUUAACUUUUCACUUCUCGAACUUUUUUUUGUGAUAUUUUGUCUUGAUUUUAGAUCAGUUUUUAAAACAGGUGAAAAUAUUAACGUUUCGACCUACGUCGGUCUAAACCAAAAUGAUUUUCAUAGAAAAGAGACCUAAAAUCAAGGCAAAUCAUCACGAAUAACUUCCGAUUCUCUAAACAUAAUCCAACAUCACCUGCUUCGCGGCCUAUGUCAGAGGACGAGUUCAUAACAAUUGUCUUUAUUGUUAAGCAUUAAUUGAAGAUUAUGAAGUUGAAGCCUCAAAGGGAGGCUCAAAAGGAAGGGAUCAAAAACAGCAGACAGAACUGGUAUAGGAGUGUACGGGCCCAGAACAAAACACUCUAAAAGCCUUAUAAGCUCGCUAAUGCGGGGCAGACAAGCCCUCCAUGGGACCCGAACUCUUCCGUGGUAUCAGCUACAGAACAAUGGUAAAAGCACUGGAAAAGAAGGUAGAUAGGAGGAAAACCAAUUAUUGGGACAACCUACAGGGACUGAGACAGGCAAAGACUCUUCUGGGAAACUAUAACCAGAGUAGAUCUACUGAAUGUAUCAACUUAAGUAAGAACAAUCUACGAAUACUAACAGGAGUUCUAUCGGAAAACUGUCGCCUCAACAAACACCUGAAGACGCUAGACCUAGCAAAUAAUACGGCAUGCAGAUUUUGUUGCAUAAAGGACGAAAUCUACCCACAUUCUGCUUGAGUCAAAAAUGAUUAGGUAUUUUUCUUCCGGUAGUGAGUUUUGUUUUGUAUUGUUUUUUGGGUUUUAUGGUGUGAAGAGGAUAUUCUUUAGAUAUGUUUCAAUGGAACUAAUACAGCUAAGACUGAGUAUUGUUGCAGUAUUGUUUUUUUAACAAUGAGCUUUCAAGCAAUUUAUAAAAUUCAGAACACUUGUAUUAAUUUUUUGCUUAAAUUACGGUAGUUCUUUGGAUAAUAAUUUCCAGUGUUGCAUUCAAGCUUAUCAUUAAUGAAUGAGUACUUUUGAAGGUUGCAAAGUGAUAACCCAGUGGCAGCUGAAGCGUACAAGGACAAACUUAAAACUUGAUGUGGAGUUAAAUCCUUUUGAUUAGGUGGUAAGAGUUUUACUCAGAAUCCUGCUCAUUAUCUACAAGUUUCAAAUAUACUCAGACUAUCUUUACCACAUUCCUACACGAAAUACAACGCUACACAGUCAAAAAUAACCCAUCAAAGUCACGUUUUCGGGAGGAUCUUUGGUACUUCUUCAAGUAACAACUCUUUAAAAAGAUAUUUCGCAAUAAAACUGAAAUGAAUAAGUUCUAAAUAACUACACAUAAGCUUUUUUACUCGGCAUAUUUUUAUCCAUCUACCAUUGCUACAAUCAUACCAUACCCUUUGUCUUCACAGCGCCAUUUUAGAAGGUUUUUGCACUGUUAUCUAUCUUAUACGACUGGACACUUUUUCAACUCUUCUCCCAUUUGAGAUAAUACCCCAACCAUUUACCCCAACGAAGGAAGUCUUCGUAUGCUGUUGCUAACAGUCGAAGGGACGAAUGGGGCAGUUUCUUUUGGGGCGAAGAGCCGUCUAUUGGCGAGCCAGGGGUGAGAAGAGUCUUGGAGACCACAAAAAUGAAAAAUCACGGACAGAUCUCGGGAAAAACACAAUUAGACCGAGACAGGAGUGAAAACAUUAGACGAUUAUGUGAGGUAGAUAACAUUAUCGUAUGGCUAUCACAGUGUAAACAACAAUGGAACCAACAUGUAAGUCGAAUGACAACCGAUAGACUGGUAAAAAUAGCGAGGGAUGAAUCUCCAGUCAGAACACGGAGUGGAGGUCGACCACGAAAGAGGUGGAGUGACAAUAUCAAAAAUAUCGAAGAAGGAAGAUUAGAUCUAUUAUGGAAGAAAGAAGAAAAGGUCUUGUGUUCUAUUAUUAUCGAAACUUUCAAUAAUAAUUAAUUUCCAUGACCCGCGUCUUGUUUCCAAUAUUUUAUCUACAGAAAAUUUGUUAUUUUCUCAAUAAAUUCAAUUUUGACAUGAGAGAACAAUCGUGUCGCUACCUUAGGUCGCCACGCAAGUUUAGAUACAAAAAAAUAAAAAUAAAUAAUUUACGUCGUCUAAUGUUUAAAGAUAUUACUAAUAUCAUUUUAAUCCAGAAAAAAUUACUCUUCUAGGUAAUAUUUUUAUAUUGUAUAAUAUUAAAUUGUCAAAAUUGUUGCUUCAAAAUUACAGUUGAACAUUUUAAUGAAAUUAUGAGGAAAUUUCGUGUAUGGCGCAACUGAAUUUUUGAAUCUCUACAAUGUGUUUUAAUAUAAUAUAGACGAAAACCGGAAAAUAACCGUAUCUGAAUCGUAUCCAAUGAAAUUUUAAAUGUGAAACUAGCCUCAUAUGUCAAAAUUGUACUGUACUAAAAUUUUUAAUGAAAACUUUAUCAAUUCCAACAGCUACUCCACUUGAAGGGAAUAUUAUUAUAAAGGUCAUAUAUACUGUGCCCCUGGAUGGGUAAAAGAUAAAAAAGUUCUCGAUUUAAAUUUUCAUUCUUUAGAGUCGAGCCCUGCUUGGUUGAAGACUAAUUUUAGUUUUGAAAAAUUAAGUAUUUGGAAAUUUUCAAAAAACUUAUUUCUUGAACAACUGGCAUUAAAAGUGACACCCUUCUGAGAGAGGGGUAGCGGAGCCCCCCCUCGUUUUUUUUUAAUUAGUAGAUAAGUUUAAGGUUAUAUUGAGUGUAAAUCAGUAUUGACUAGUUUAAAUUGCCAACGUAUUAAACAGUUCUCCGCGCCCCCCAAGCUGCGAGGGGUGCCUCCUGCUCCCCGGAAAGAGCUGCGAGACUCCCCGUAAAGGGCGCCUUUCUUUAAAUAAUUGAUGUUAUAUUGGGUGUAUAUUAGUAUUCACUACAUAGUACUUAUAGAUUGUUAAUUUUAUGGUUGGUUGAGGUUUUAAAUGGAAUCCAGAAUAAUAAUAAUAACCUAACCUAACUUUCUCAACUGUUAGGUGAACUAACUAUAAAUAAAAUUGCCACGCCACAGUCUUAGCAAGUCUGUGUCAAAAUUUUGGGCUAAUUAGUUUUUUUAAAAAGCCAGUUAGUCAAAUUUGUAAAAUAAAAAUGGAAGUAAGUAAUUUUUCUUGGGUAAUUUUAAUAAUUAAGACAUAAUCCGACCCCGGUGAUGAUUAAUGGACACGCCAAAAACGAGCUACGUUCCGUUUCACAUAAAGUUGAAAAAACACAUAUUUUCAAAAAUUAAUAUGAACAUUCGACGUUCCAUAAUCAAUCUAGACUUUUAGUAACACCAACGCCAUUUUUAACAAGGGCGCUUGACUGAAUCAUUGAAAAUUUGCCGCACAAAGUUGAUGAGCUCCAUAUUUUAUUUUUCUUGUUAGUAUGCUGAAUAGUAUAUUACAUAACAAGUUUGGAAAGUAAUACAUUUCGCACUAGAUACUGUUUUGCACGAGCCGCAUAGCGGCGAAAUACACUUUCCAACGAGUUGUGUACACUAUUUUUCCUACGACCACGUAAAGGAUUCUUCAAAAAAACGUAUUUUUUAAAUAAGAAAAUCAAUUAAACAAUAUCACACAUGUGUUGAAAAAUAUCUUACAAAAUAUUUUUUAUUUUGUAAUAGCAUCUUCUAUUAUUUCUGGAGGGGUACAAUCAAAAUCACUAGAAUCCAUUUUUUGUUAGCACAAUACUUACAAUUUUACAAAAUGACUGUUUGUGUGUUUGACAAUUAAUAUUACAGCCUACUUAAUAUAAUUUUUAAUAAACUUUUAACUUACCUCUUAGUAAAAUCAAGACAGUCAUGAAUAAUGUUUUCCUUCACUAUGGAAAAUAAAUUUUCAUUCAACUACUUUAUACAUUACCCAGUAAUAUUAAUAACACUUAAUUUUAACGUUUAAAUUAUCUUGCAGACCCUAUUAAGUAUUUGAACACAAAUCACAACAAACUUACACUAAUAUAACCUCAAAAAAAUCAUAUUUUCCACUUCUUCAGUCUUCUUAAAUUUGGCCUUUUGCCUUUCGGCACCCAGCCAGAUUCAUAUUGUAUUCGCGUAUUCCCUCUAUCCUUCGAGACCAUAUAUAACAUAAGAAAAAGAAGCAUUUUAAUACAUGUGUUUUUUUAUUUUUUUAGUACAUGUGUGAAAUAAGAUACUUUCUUAGGUAAAAAUGAGUGUGCAAUCUAUCAAUCUCAUAAGUGGUCGUAGGAAAUAGUAUAUUGUGCAACAAGUGGAAAAACUUUUCACUCAUGCUGCACACUAUAAUUUUUCUACAACUGCACAAAUUGAAAGAAUAAAAGUAAUGGAACUUAAUGUUUAUUUUUAUGAUUAGUAAAACUAAAAUAAUACUAAAGUAUCCUCCUAACUGUUAAUAAUAUUAUUUAAAAUUGUAGUUGAUGGUGAAAUUUUUACAAUUUUGUAUAGUUAAACCCGGAACGUCAUGUCUUUUUAUUAAAUUUUCUGUUAUGUUAAUUUUAGAUGUUGAGGGUUGAUCUGUCUCCAUUUCGGUGAAGGGUUCGAGUGGCUUUUCAAUGGAGCUUAAGAUUUUAUUAACAACGUUAAUUUUAUUUUUAAUAGACUCCUCGACGUAUCCUUCUGCCACGGUACUGGAUUGCCAUCCUCCAUGGCGUUUUAAAGUUAAUAUGUCCCCUCCUGCAUUUACUAAAAUUGUUGCCGAAGAACUUCUGAAGCGGUGACCUGUGUAUAGAUGGGGGUUUUCUAAUUUUCAAGAAAAUGCAAUUGUCUUUACUGUACUACCGAAUUUGUUAAUGCCAAUUACCUGUACAUUUUCCGUGUUGAUAAUUUAAAAAGAAACGUUUUUCUCAUAAAUCAAUCGGUCGAAGAGUAGCAUAUUUUUUAUAUAUCUCAUAAAAUUCGUUCUUGGCUUUUUUGUUUUCGUGUUAUCUAAUUUCACAAGUAAAGCUGAAUUUAAAUCGCUCUAAAUGAUCGAUUCUUAACUUCCACAACUCCCCUCUACGACAUAUCCGUGCUACGCCUAUAGCUACUACUGUCUGCAAAUAAAAAAACCAGAAUUAAAAUUUUACAAAAAAAUUCUCUCAUAUCAUAUCAAAACUCAUAUUUUCCACAUUAAAAAAAAGACACUUUACAGAAAAAUGUGAAUUAGUCUUCUGUCACUUGGAGUUAAAUCCCAAAAAAUAAUCGUAGUCGAGAGUUUUCUACCUUUUCUCAAGAAUUAUUUUACCUAUCAGGGGACACAGUAACAAUUCAUAUUUUGUUUUUAGUAGGGUGUAAUCAAAAUAAUAUUUUAUGUAAAGUACGAGGCAUAUUUUUUAAGUAAGUACCAUUUUGGAAUUAAAAAAAGAAGUGCAAAGAUAUCGCAAUAAUUUUAUUUUUACAUGAAAGCUUGUACCUUAAUCUACUUUUCUACAUAAUUUCCGUGUCUAUUGAGGCACUUGUCAUAACGUGGCACCAGUUUUUGAAUACCCUCCUCAUAAAAUUCUGCAGCCUGACUUAACAGUUAACCACUGUAUCACAACUGUUUUGACUUGUCAUCGUCUUGAAGACGCUGACCGCCCAGGUGUUUCUUCAAGUGUAGGAACAAAUGGUAGCCGCUGGGCGCCAGAUCAGGUCUGUAGGGAGGAUGAUCUAGAGUUUCCCAAUGAAAAGAUUUGAUGAGACCUUUGGUCCGAUUAGCCACAUGUGGACGGGCAUUGUCAUGCAGCAAAACGAUACCCUGCACUCACCCAUUUCCUUACCAUUCCAUCACUCAUAAUCUUUUGUCCGUAAACUUCACAGAUCUCACGAUGAAUAUCGAUCGGUUUUACGCCUUUACCACUAAGAAAUCGUAUAACAGCUCGUACUUCACAAUCGGCGGGACUCACGAUUGUCGGAGGCAUCUUAAAAACUCAGUAAACAACGUACACAAUGAAGAAUCAGACUGUAAUGGCGUCAGUGCGUAGACAAGAGAUGUAGGUAACCAGCGCGCAUGUGCGGAACGCCGACCUUGGGGUUGCGGCGGCGGAAUCACAAAACGGUACUUACUUAAAAAAUCUACCUCGUAUAUAAGGAUUAUUUGAAGAAAUAUUUCCAAAUAUACUCUUACGACUGGUUUCAUAAUCUCACUCUAACCGGCACUUUAAUUAAAGGUUCCUUUAGAUUAAAGGACCUUAUAACUUACGGCUGGUUUCAUAGUACAUUUGAAGGAAACUUUAAACUUAAAGUUCCCAUUAAAUUAAAGCGCGCGAUUCAUAAUUUUCCUUUAGUCUAAAGGAUUUUUAAAUUUGAACUUUAAGGUGAAGUCAGAAAUGUUUCACUUUAGCUCAGUAAAGUCUCCUUAGAAUUCAAACAUAGGCUAUGUUUGAGUUCUAAGCUGACCCAGGCGUGCCUAUUCAAGAUAUGACGCAGCACAAAAAUUACAUUAUUUUCACGUGAAAAUUCAACGCGACGAUACAAUAUUGCAUUAUAGGAAAUUUAUAUAUAAAUUUUUUAGAAAAACGCCAAAAUUUAAUUGGGAGCGGUUCAAAUAUGAUCGAGACAAACGCUGAUGACACAUUUAUUUAUUAUCGAAAAUAUUUACAAAAAUUGACAGUUUUUCUAAGUAAUUUCCCUAAUUUUCCCGCACAAACUGCUCGUCCUCGUCGUCGGUGUUUUGACUUUCUAGGGCUUUUUUCAGUGGUCCAAAUAUGUGGUAGUCGCAGGGUGAUAAGUCCAAACAGUAGGUGGAUGUUCUAGUAUUGUAUCGAGCGUGAGACGCGCGGUAUGAAGGCGCACGUUAUCGUGGAGAAGAAUCGCACUUUGCAUUGGAAUGCUCUUCCGUUUCAAGCGAUAAGUGGAUUUCACGUAUAUUUUUAGAGACAGUUAGAGUAGUAUACAACAUUUAUGGAACGUUAUGUGCAAGGAAAUCCACGUACAGCACUCCCCGACGAUCCCCGAUUUAACUUGUUAUCUUCAAUUUGAUUGGAGCCUCUACCUCCUUUUUCCAUUUUUUAUACAUCACCUUGCUUUCGGCAGUGUAUUAAUGUACCCAUGUUUCGCCUGUAGGGAAGAUUCGCGUUGAAAAACCGUCCCCCUCCGCCUCAUAUUGCAUCAGCAAGCAGCGACGAACUUUGUACAGUCCUCCAAAAUGAGUAAAUCUACGCGUCGAAUAUUGUCUGGUGUGAUGCUAGUUAGCGAUCGAUGAUCAUGCGGCUCAUUCUGGACGGUUUAGCGGCCAUAUUUGAACGCUUGGGCUCAUUUAAAUACAGCAGAUCUACUCAAGCGUUCACUACCGAAUUGCAACAAUUUAUAGCACUCAGUCAGAGUUUUUUUCAAUUUAACGAAAAAUUUGAGAUUGAUACGUUGCUCCUAUUUUUGGUGACACAUAUUUUUCGACACGAAAAAAAAACACGUUCGUUUCUAACCGCUACUGCACGAAUACUGAAAUAGUGACGAAUUACCUUCAAAAAAUGAUAAAAUAUGGAAUAAAAGGGAAUGAUAUGAUGAAGAUAUUUGUAAAAAAGUUUGUUUCCUGGAUAGCAUCUCUUCUGGACAUUCCUCGGCGACAGAAUCGGAUAAAAGCAAUUAAAAUCACUUUUUGAGCAUCUGUUAAUUGUUUGGCCUCUCCACGUGCUAGGAUCUAGUAGGAUGUUUACCGAAUCUGCAAAUGGUUGGUCUUGGCGCCACGGUUACCACAUACUUUAUUAUUCACAAAACUUUUAUUUGAGAAUAAUUUUACCUUCAAUACACCGCAAGCUUGCGCACAACUAAUUACUGAAUGUGAAGCGGAAAUUCUACUAAAAGUACCUAUCUGAUGAUUAUAGAAAAAAUAUUUCGAAUUAUGUAUAAUACCCUAUUUACGUUUAUUAUGUUCUCAGUAUUAUUCGAUUUAGUAACCGAUUUUAUUUAGGAUUUCCAAGGGAUUAAUUCUUUUGAUGUAAUUUUGUUGUUUAUCUAUACUUUUAAAUGAUUCACUGAUUCGGAAAGUUAAAUAUUGUAAUGCAGACCUGGACAAAUUGUUUACAGUUCGCUUUGGGGCGUCUCAUAUUUCUUUUUGUAAAUAUUUUUGCUAUUUGAUAAUCGGCUUUAUUCAAAUAUUCUCUUCUUGAAUAAUCUUUAAGAACCAACAAUUAUUUUUUUUAUUUUAUACGUAGUUAAAAUUUAAUGUGAAAAUUCGAUAUCAUUAAUUACAGAAUCCUUUUUCAAAUGAAUUGCCCAUUUCUAUAAAACAAUGAAAAUUGAAUGUAAAUGUAAAAUAAAAAUCAACCAUCAUUAUUUUUCCCAAAAUUCUUCCUUUUCUGAAGAAAUACUUUUAUUCCACAAUUUAGUAGUUCACUGUAAAUGAAAGUACCUACUUUAGAGACAUCUAAACUUAUUGUUUUAAUCUUUGAUAUUAUAUGUUAUUUAUUAUAAAAAUACGCUAAAAUAUUUUGUUUUUCUCUAGUGUUAUUUGUGUUGUUAAGAUAUUCGAAUUAUUUAAGUAGUGUUAUUACAAUAUUUCAUAAAUAAUAAAAAUCAUCUUUGUUAAAAAGAGUUCGUCGGUUAUCUUUUACAUUGAGAUAACCUAUACGUAGGUAUAGCGUCACAAUUUGAUUAAAUCAAAGAAAUUGUAAUAAAAUUGGUUAUAUUUUUUGUAAAAAGCAAUUAUAAAUUUUUAUGUUAA